CACUUUGAGUCAGCACUUGCUCAUCAUUUCAUCAACUCAAAACCCAAAACCCGAAUCGAAAACGGAAGAAAAAAAUCAGACUACACGAAAACCUAGAUGUUGCUCCGAAUCUCUCUCCAGCAUGGGAAGAACAAUCUCAGGACUUUGAGACCUCUGUUUCUCGGUAUUCGGAGCUGUUGGUUCUCAAUGUCGCCGGAGCCAUCUACUCAUCAGCCAAAACCUCCCAAAGUGCAAAAUCUUAUUGGAGGCUCUUUUGUUGAUUCUAAAGCAUCAUCAUAUAUCGAUGUUAUAAACCCUGCUACACAAGAAGUUGUUUCUCAAGUUCCAUUAACAACAAACGAAGAGUUCAAGGCGGCAGUAUCCGCUGCGAAGCAAGCGUUUCCUUCAUGGAGAAACACUCCGAUCACAACUCGUCAGCGUGUUAUGCUGAAGUUUCAAGAGCUUAUACGCAAAAAUAUGGAUAAACUUGCUAUGAACAUUACGACUGAGCAAGGGAAGACAUUAAAGGAUGCACAUGGCGAUAUCUUCCGUGGGCUAGAGGUUGUGGAGCAUGCGUGUGGAAUGGCGACACUGCAGAUGGGUGAAUAUGUCCCUAAUGUGUCGAAUGGUGUUGAUACGUAUAGUGUUAGGGAGCCAUUAGGUGUCUGUGCUGGCAUUUGUCCUUUCAACUUUCCAGCGAUGAUUCCUUUAUGGGUAACUUGCUUAAGCCCUUUUGUUAUAUUAGGGCUUUAUAUGGCUUCGUUAACGACAUGUAUAUCCUUAAUUCUUGGUGAUGCUCUUCUGUGAAGCCUGCGUGUUUAUUCUGUGUUUGUUGUUGCAGAUGUUUCCCGUUGCAGUGACAUGUGGUAAUACCUAUGUUCUAAAGCCUUCAGAGAAGGAUCCUGCAAGGCCAAUGUGAAUAAGCUUAAUGCUCUAAGAUAUAUCAGAUUUUCUUCUAAAUGUGCUUCUGUAAUACUUGCGGAGUUGGCAAUGGAAGCUGGAUUACCUGAUGGGGUUCUCAAUAUUGUUCACGGCACCAAUGACACUGUGAAUGCUAUCUGUGAUGAUGACGAUAUACGAGCUGUUUCUUUUGUUGGCUCAAACACUGCCGGAAUGCAUAUAUAUGCGAGAGCAGCAGCGAAAGGCAAACGUAUUCAGUCAAAUAUGGGGGCGAAAAAUCAUGGUGUUGUAAUGCCUGAUGCCAGCGUCGAUGCUACUUUAAAUGCGCUACUUGCUGCUGGGUUUGGUGCAGCUGGACAGAGAUGCAUGGCACUGAGUACAGUGGUCUUUGUUGGCAAUUCAAAAUCAUGGGAGGAUAAACUCGUCGAGCGAGCGAAAGCCCUUAAAGUCACAUGUGGGACAGAGCCAGAUGCAGACCUGGGUCCUGUGAUUAGUAAACAGGCCAAAGAACGGAUCUGCCGAUUGAUUCACUCUGGUGUGGACGAUGGUGCUAAAUUGCUACUUGAUGGAAGAAAUAUUGUGGUUCCAGGAUACGAGAAAGGGAAUUUUAUCGGUCCUACCAUUUUAUCUGGUGUUACCCCAGACAUGGAGUGUUACAAGGAGGAAAUAUUUGGUCCUGUUCUUGUAUGCAUGGAGGCAAACAGCUUUGACGAAGCCAUAGAGAUACUAAAUAGAAACAAAUACGGAAACGGUGCUGCUAUAUUCACUUCAUCCGGUGCAGCGGCGAGAAAGUUUCAGAUGGAAAUAGAAGCAGGACAGAUUGGUAUUAAUGUUCCGAUCCCGGUUCCAUUACCGUUCUUCUCAUUUACUGGGAAUAAAGCUUCCUUUGCUGGAGAUCUAAACUUCUAUGGCAAAGCAGGAGUAGACUUUUUCACUCAGAUCAAGACUGUGACGCAACAGUGGAAGGAUAUUCCAACUUCAGUAUCUCUUGCAAUGCCUACAUCGCAAAAGCAAUAACUAUCCCAACUUCACUAUUUCUCUUUUACUUUUGGAUUUCUUGAAAUAAUAUGUUUCCAUUUUAUUCAAUAAAACUGUAAGCAUCACAUGCGCUAAACUGUUGUAAAAGUAAAAGUGAACAAUUUCAUGAUGAACUUAUAAAUCAAAAGAAUAAUUUUUCAAUUAGAAAUAUAAAAAGUAGAAACUUAAUAAAUUAAUAAUGUUGGA